AUGGCUGCGCCGUCUUUCCCGCCCUCGCGGGCCGCAGCGCUCGCCGGGGACGCGACUCUCGUGCCUGCGUCCUCUCCGGAGUCUCUCGAAGUGUCUCCUUCUGGAGGAAAGGUGUCUCCUUCCCAGGACGCGGCGUCUGCCCCAUUGUCACUUCCCGCAAGCAGUCCCGUUCGCGCCUCGAGCCCGAAUCCCUCCCCCGCGACCCCGAGCCCUGAGCGCGAGGGGCCUGUGACCCCACAGACUGUCUCCGCGCCCUCGCCUCCUCUGGCGAACGGGUGUCCCCGAACGGCCCUCGCCUCGCCGUCGCGUCCGGCGCCAGGCCGGAACGUCGGGGCGCUCGCGGCUGGCGAGGAAGGCCGCGCGGAAGAGGGAGCGGCUGGCCGGGGGACCUCGAGGCAGCGGGGCGAGAAAGGGACGGUUUAUGGUGGACUGCAUGCGUCACUGUUCCCGCCGCUCUCGGCUGCGACGGCGCCCCAACGCGGCCCCGGAGGCGCGCAUGCAAUGGGGGGAAACUCGCCCCCAGUCUCCGACCUCGUCGGCGGCCCACCCAGCUUGUGGGAAGUGUACUUUACUCCCGACACAAAGAUCCCCUAUUUUUACAACGCCAUCUCCAAGCACGUUCAGUGGCAGCGGCCGCUGCCCCCAAAGGAAUACGUUGACCAGCUCGGACAUCCCGUCAUUCCCGAGCUCAACGCGUCGCCGACUCCGUUGCCUCCCGGCGUCGGCAUGAAGGGCGCGACAGUCUUGUACGGGCCUCUCGGUAGCAAUUUGUUUGUUUACCACAUUCCCCCGGAGUGGACCGAGCAGCAGUUCUUUCGGCACUUUGCGCCCUUCGGCAAUGUGAUCUCGUGCAAAAUUCAAACGAAUUCCCAGACUGGAAAACGCAGCGGCUUUGGUUUUGUCAGCUACGACAACCAGGCGAGUGCGAUUGCGGCGAUCCGCUCGAUGAACGGCUACGCGACGUGCGGGAAAUUCUUGAAAGUUCAGCUAAAAAAGGGCGAGGAGCAUCUCCUCCCUCCCGAAUUGGCCGCGCAGCAGUCGUUGGCGCCCCAUCCGGGCCCCUCUGGCGGCGCGUCGGGCCAGCCUCCCCAGAUGCAUGCAUGA